AUGGAACCCGCGAAACCGCGGUGGUUUGAGGACGCAGCAGGCAGCAAAGCAUUAUCACGGCCGAAGGAGAUCUUACAAUCACACCAAAGCUUCCAGGACCAUUUGAAGAGCGCGAUAAAGUCCAAAGAUGGAGAAGUCAAGUUGGCCUCUACGAAAGAGGAGCUCCUAGAUCAGAUCGAGGAAGCACGAGGUGGUCUACCUCGUCGCGAGUCGGCAAUACGCAACUUCAGGGCGGCCUCCGCGACACAUCACGGAUACGUGCUAGAUAGGCAGCAAGGAAUCAAGAAAGUGAGCAAAUGGGCUCAGGGACAUGCCAACACUUUCGGGCAGCUCGUGGAGAAGUACUCGAAAGUUAUCGAAGCUGUUGCAACGGCUGGCGGUCCCUAUGGAACAGUUGCCUAUCAAACGUUCUCGAUUUUGUUGUCUGUAUGUGUAAAUAAGGUGAAGAACGAUAACAAAGUUAUCGACUUGCUAGAAGAGCUUCGCAAGUCACUACCGAAGCUGGAAAACUGGGACAACAUCUACCCUACAGAUGUCAUGAGAAGGCUCGUUGCCACGGCAUACGCGCAAGUCAUAGACUUCUCGAGAAGAGCCGCCGAGUACCUAUCUCGUUUCCGCAAAAGGUUUCUCUUUGCUCUCCUCCCCGUUCUCGCCUCAGGGUUCGACGAAACUGCAGCGGAAAUUCACAAAACGCUGGCAGAGAUUAACGCAGAGGCUAUGUACGAACUCCACAAGACAUCUCAGAGAACCGAAGCUCAGGUCAACAACUCCGCAAAGACGAUUGAGCAUCUCAAGGAACAAGCUAAAGAGGCACAAAAGGGGCAACAAGAAUUGCUAGUACAGAAUAGGGAACUCAAACUUAUGGGUCAAGAAGCUGAGCGUAUGCGGUUGAAGCUUCUCUCGCAGAACGAGGAGUUGAAAGAGAAACUAGAGCAACAAGAACGACAAUUCAAGCUUCAGCAGGAACAAGAUGACAAGAGCCGACUAACAGCAUUUGAGAAUGUUUUGGAAGUGAGACGCUCUUUGCCCAUGUUUACCUCAACCCUAAAGUUGUUGACCACAACUACAGAUAUCUUAUCCACAUCCUGGAAUGAAUAUACUUAG